CGUAAACAAACCGGAAUCAUCAUUCCAGCAUCGUUGUCCGCCAAGUCAAGUUAAACAUUGUUAGUUCAGUUAACAAAAUAAGAUUUUAUUCCAAGUGUUUUAAGUGAAAAUGGAGAACGUGAAGCGUGCUAGGAAAAGUGAUAUGCUGAGCAAGCUUGGGCAGGCGAUAAGGGAGGAGUGUGAGCGAGAAUGGGAAGCGGAAAACCAGCCGACGCCAAGAAGCACCAGUGUUUGAAAUUCCGCAUGCUGGUUCGGAAUUCGUUGAUGAGAAUGUCUCCGAUGAAGAAGUAUUUGACGACGAUGAGCCCGAAGAAGAAUGGUUGGAGGAAUGGCUGAACGAAAGUGACGAAGAUGAAGACGAAGAUAAUCAGCAUACAGAAAAUUAUGUUACGGACCCUCAAUCUGAAAACAUAUUAUCAAGGAAAUUACGAAUGUGGGCCCUAUCUCAUCGAAUAACCCACACAGCUAUAAAUGAUUUGCUUGGGAUCAUACGCGAGGCAACGGAAUAUUACGUUCCAAUGGAUGCAAGGACGUUUCUGAAAACUCCCGUGAACGUCAGACAAAAUAUUACCACAGUCGCAGGAGGACAGCUAUGGUACCAAGGGAUCGAAAAGACGCUUCAGUGCCAUUUUAAAAACACGACGUCUACUGUGGACAAAUUUGCUUUAAAUAUCUUCGUAGAUGGGCUUCCGUUACAUAACAGUGGCCCUACGCAAUUAUGGCCAAUAAUGGCGCAGAUUCACGAGCUUCCGGACGUGCCUGUCUUGGUGCUAGGCUUUUUCUGUGGUUCGUCGAAACCUGACAACGUGGAGGAUUAUCUUCGUCAAUUGGUAGAUGACCUUAAUCGUGUUAUGGACCAAGGAGUCACAAUCAACAAAACAAAAAUUGGAAUUGAUCUUCGUGUUAUCAUCGCCGAUUCUCCCGCCCGAGCGUUCAUAAAAGGUGUGGCGAAUUUCAAUGCAGCGAACGGGUGUAUAAAGUGUAAAAUUGUGGGAAAAAAGGACAAAAAACCCACAGAAUGGUAUUUGAAGGAACAGCUGAACCGAGGACAAACAAGGAAGUUAGGCAAGGAGAUUAUGAAAUAAGCCAUCAGAAACGACCAACACCGUUAUUAAAUAUUAAGGACAAAGAUAUUAUUAAGAUCUUAAGCAUAGCAGACGAUUU